CUGGGAUUGAAACCAGGAGAAAUGGUUACAGCAGAAGGCAACAAGAGCUGUACUUUCUUCCAGUAGUUAUAGAAGACAGCAGUUACCCUGUCCAGACCAGCACAAACACAAUGACUAUCCGUGUUUGCAGAUGUGAUACUGAUGGUACCAUCCUGUCCUGCAACGUGGAAGCGAUCUUCUUACCAGUAGGCCUCAGCACAGGAGCUCUGAUUGCAAUCUUGUUGUGUAUUGUUAUACUUCUAGUCAUUGUGGUACUGUAUGUAGCACUACGGAGGCAGAAGAAAAAGGACACCCUGAUGACCUCUAAAGAAGACAUCAGAGAUAAUGUUAUCCAUUAUGAUGAUGAAGGAGGUGGAGAAGAGGACACCCAGGCUUUUGACAUAGGUGCCCUGAGGAAUCCCAAAGUGAUUGAAAAUACCAAAAUUCGCAGGGACAUAAAACCAGACACAUUGCGUUUUCCGCAUCAGAGACCACCAGUGGAAGAUAACACAGACAUAAGAGAUUUCAUUAAUCAAAGGCUGCAGGAAAAUGAUGUAGAUCCAACUGCGCCCCCUUAUGACUCCUUGGCAACGUAUGCUUACGAAGGAAUUGGAUCUGUUGCAGAGUCUCUCAGCUCUAUAGACUCUUUUACUACAGAGGCAGACCAGGACUAUGACUAUCUGAGUGACUGGGGACCUCGCUUUAAGAUCUUGGCAGACAUGUUUGGAGAAGAAGAAAGUUAUAACCCUGACAAAGUCACUUAAGUAAAACUACGACAGUGAA